UGUGUCCAACUCUAUUUUCGUCAAGAACUUUUUUCAGUUCAUAAUUUAAGCAGGUAAUUGAUCAUUUCCUUCUUUUAUCUGCAUGAACGAAUGAAUGACUUAAUAAGUGAUGUGCUUACUAGCAUGAUAUGAAAUUGAAGAAACUGAAAAAAGCGGAUUCGCGACUUGAUUUUCACUUCCAUGCUCUUUGUUCAUUGUAGUGAAACACCGAUUCGUCUGGCACGCGCGAAUAUGGCUGCCUCGCGUCUUUCACCCAACACGAAUUAUCUUCCAACUGAUGUGACAUUGGCUGAAUUAUUCAAAUAUGAACAGUCCUUAGCUAGAGAAACAGCAAAAAAUACUCGAACAUAUUCGUCGAUAUCGACAAGUGCAGAAUCUUAG